AUGAACUCCUUCCCCCUUCUUGAUCUCUCCAUCCUUCCUGGCAAAAAGACAUUCGAACUGUUUAGUCUGUUCCAGCUGUAAGUUUCCUUUCCUUCCAACUCUUUUCUUUUAUUCUCACCAGUUUCAGUGUGAAGCUCGUCAAGUGUUCAUUGUCCGCAAAGAGAGCCGUCCAAAUGUGCCGUCUUCCACUUUCCCAACUCGAAAUAGAGUUCAUGUCAGAGGUCGACAAAUUGUCGGCGGAAUACAGUGGCGGCGGAUACUCAUUCUUCAUGACAUCGCGGUCUAGCGGAUCCACGUCGAAUUACGGAAAGCGGUACGAUCGAUUGAAGGAGGAGAAUCGAGUGGAGAGUCUGAGCAAACUGCUUCUGGAGACGUUCCGUGUGGAGGGAAUCAGUGUAACCUUCAGAGAUCCAUUCAGAAGCUUUCAAGAGCUCCGAAAGUGUGCAGGAGUGAUUGAUGCUCAUUCGGUUACUGUGGACAGAGGAGAGCUGUCCGAGGAGGAGCUCGCUUACUUCUUGGUAAACUUCAAAGGAAUCCACACACUGAACUUCCACUCGUCAGUUCCGGACGGAUAUCAGAGCUUCAGAUUCGAUUGCAACACUUUGACGAUUCGCAAUGGAUCGUUUCUUGACUUGCAAAGUCUUCUGAACUUGAAAUGCGAGCACAUAAUCAUCAUUCAAUGCGGUUUCACAACUUCUGAUCUCCAAGGUUACGUCAAUGAGUGGAGGGACGGUAAAAAUCCACAACUGCUGUCGCUGAGUCUCUACAACACGAAAAUGGAUGAUGACAUUUUGAAAGGAAUGUGUCUGGAGGCGUGGGAUCCGAGGAGAAGAAGUCGAGAUUUCGUGAGAGUAUCCAGAGACUCUGCAACUGUGAUCAACUGCUCGGAAGGUCUCGAUUUUGAAAGAGAAGACGGGACAUUGGCGACGAUUCUCUUGAAAAGAGAUAAGACGGAAUUCCAAUUAUUUGUGUGGAAGAACAAAUUCCCCGAUAUUCCUGAUAACGCAUUCAAAAUGUGA